GCAAGCCAAUAGCAAGCGAAUAGACAUUACUGAGUUUCGGCAGACUCUUCUUCUCUCACUCGUCACUCGUCACAUGACCUGCACUCCCGUACGGUAGGCCAUAUUUGACAGUGGCACUAGUUUAGCGAAGUGAGUGCGUGAAGAUUGUUCUUCAUCCGACAUUCGUGUUUCGACAACCUGUAAAUACUCGUGAUCGAUUUGACCUACGAGUCUUAAACACAUUGCAAUGAUGAACGAAUUCGCAGACAAAAAUCCGGUUUACGCGCCCUUCUUUGGGGUAAUGGGCGCCGCCUCAGCCAUUAUAUUUUCUGCUCUAGGAGCAGCAUAUGGCACAGCAAAGUCAGGAACAGGAAUUGCAGCAAUGUCUGUUAUGAGGCCAGAACUUAUUAUGAAAUCUAUCAUUCCUGUUGUCAUGGCUGGUAUCAUAGCCAUUUAUGGUCUUGUAGUAGCUGUUCUCAUUGCUGGUGGUCUAGAUGAACCUAAUAAUUACAGUCUUUUCAAGGGUUUUGUUCAUCUGGGUGCUGGCUUAUCCGUAGGUUUUUCUGGUCUAGCUGCUGGAUUUGCCAUUGGUAUUGUUGGUGAUGCAGGUGUGAGAGGUACCGCUCAACAACCUCGCCUCUUUGUUGGUAUGAUCUUGAUUCUAAUCUUCGCAGAAGUAUUGGGUCUCUACGGUCUCAUCGUUGCCAUCUACUUGUACACCAAGUUGGAAUGCAAGACUCGUCGCCUGCAACCAACAGCGCUCCCCGACUAUUAUAAUAUUACGACUUGUUUCGACAUUUUACUUAAACACAUUUUUUCCAUGCAUACUCACAUCGACUCAUCUAAGCAUCCUUCUGUAAUACUGUAUUCAAGUUGA